AUGGCAAAUAACUCUUCUAGUGUCGUGGUCCCUACUACUACUACACCUGAUGUUUGCUUUUUAACACUGCAAGUGUUUGAUCCUCAUGACAUGAACCGUCCAGAUUCCGUUCACCCGACUUGGACUGUUCUUGCUAUCAUCAAUGGUCUUGCUGCCCCACCGACAAUCGUCGUCAACGCCCUCGUCAUAUGGGCUGUGGUUGGGAAUGAGAAUCUUCGAUCCUCUGCCUUCAACAUUUUACUUGCCUCUCUUGCAGUGACUGAUUUACUGACAGGAUUGCUGGUCGAACCAUUGCUCUGUCUCUUCCUAGGAUGUCUUAUUAACAAUUGUCUUUUACCUGACUGUACAUUCACUGCGUACGUUUUGUCGUCACAAGUUUGUGGUAGUAUCACACAGGUCAGUUUUGCCAUCGCGAGUAUUGAGCGGUAUUUAGCCAUAGAACAUCCAAACUUUUAUCUCCAGAACAUUACAGGAAAGAAAGCUAGUGUAACUACGGCAAUUUCCUGGAUAAUAACUGUCGGAUGUUUGUCCAGUACUAGCGCUUUACUGAAUCAAAGCAAUCCCAAGCUAACAAAAGUUCCAUCAGCUAUUGUCAUGAGUAUUUUAGGAGUGAUAACUUUGUUCUGCUCAGCUAAAGUUCAGCUAACAGCUUAUCGUCAGAGUAGAACCAUCGCCCUGCAGCAAGAAUCAGUUCAACAACCAGACGAGCAACAGCAACAAGAACAACGACUCCAGGAAUACAAGCGAGUGUUCACGAUGACCACGUUAGUGGUUUUGUCGAUUCUCUUUUAUUUUCCUUUCAUUAUAGUAACAGGGAUCGAGACCCUGAACGGUAAAGAUGUGACGAGCGAUUUUCAGUACAUCGCCUCGAUUAUCUGUUCAACAUUUUUACAUCUCCAGUCUCUCAUCAACCCAAUCAUCAUGUCACUGCGUCUGUCCUACAUUCGCCAAGGCAUCAAGAACAAGGUGCAUAGCUAUGUGCAGGGAACUGAUUAA